UGCACUGGGGGCAUUUUUGUAAUUGAUUUCUUGAAAAGAAUAGUGUAUUCAGUGGCCUUCCCGAAUAUUGACCUCCCCAGGUGGUAUUUGAUUAUUUUUGACUUGUGGACAAUGUGGUAUGGUUUUAUCCCCUACCUUUACUAUUAUGUGUUGUAUAUAAAUAAUAUUGAAAGGCAACCGUGGCAAAUAUACAGUAUAUCAACUCAAUUGGAAUGCGCAGGCUGGUUGCUCCGAUGUUUAAAGUUAGAGUAGUUCUUGUAAGUUAUUUUGAUAAUCAUCUAGAUCUAAAUUCAUGAAGGCCAAACUUUUUGCAUAAAUUCAUUUGGAAUGUUAAUUAAUUGGUGAUUGAUUUCCACAGACUCUACUAAAAUUUAGCACUGACCGAUUAUAAUGAUUUGAUCCACUGUACUUUUCAUAUUAUGUCAUGGUUCAAACUAACAAAGGGAAGGGGUGGGGGUAGCUAUAAACUUAAAUGCAUGUGUGGUAAGUGUCCUUAUGUGACACUAAUUUGUCAUUUAAUGUGAUGCCAGGGUUCAUGGUAUAUAAGUUUGAAUUUCAGAUAUAAAGGAAUCUUUGUAACAAUCCGUAAUUUAUUUGAUUUGUACAUACAAUAGCAACAGUUGCAAAUAGGAGUAGGACAUGAAUGUAAACUUUGUCUUUUUUCUCUUUGGGAGUGACUGUGGAACUUGUGUCAAUAUCAUUGCACAACAGUUGAGUGUAUAUAUAGAGAUAAAUCUCAUUUCUGUUGUAAUUGUACCACUCAAUGUCAUUUACCUAUUCAGAAAUCAAAAAACUUUUAAACAUAUAGCAAGGAGUAAGUUUUAAUCCAUUUAAACUUCAUAUGUUAAGUGUUUUCUUUUCUUUUUUAAAGAAGAGGAAAAUUGAAUGUAAUUAACAUGGAUUACAAAUUCUCUUUAGAAGGCAUUAUACUGAAAGAUUAGGAAGGGCUAAUUUGGACCUUGUCUUUUGUUCGAGCGCUACGGUUCCUAAUCGCAAUGGUCCACAAUUUUAUAAGUGCUUGUUCCAAGGAUAUUCUAGGUUUCUACAAAUGUGUUGGCUUGUGUUUUGUGGUGUUCAAUUCUUUUCAAUGUGACCACAAGGAAUAAAGUUUUAAACCAGUUACUUAUGGGAUUUUUUUCGAUUUCAUGACCAGAGGAUGAUUAGAAAAUUUGCGUACAACAAAAUGAACUCCAAAGUGCUCCUUCCUGGGACACCUACAUCUAAGAUCAAGGAGCCUGCCUUCAGGACUCCUAUGUCCUACAGCCCAAGGAUUGUCGGUAACAAGCCAGUCCCCUCACCCUCACGCUCAGAACUGUGGAAGAAACAGUUGGGCUUUGAAGAUGACAUUCCUGUUGACUCCCCUGUGGAAUCAGAAGACGAGAACUCUCUUGAUGAGUCAGAUGAUAAAGAGAACAUUUCCAUUGUGGAAUACAAGACCUUACAGAAGCAACUGGAUGAGAGAAAUUCAGAGAGAGAUGAGCUCCUAUUUACCAUCAGAAAUCUGUCAGAGAAGAACAAAAAAUACAAACAGAAAUUGGAAAAAGAGGAGAUGACAAAGAGACAGCAGAUGAGGAUUCUGUGUAAGACACAGGAGAUAAACCUGAUGGAGAAGGACAAGCUUAUCGGGAACCUCCAGAGUCUGGUAGAGGAGCAGGAGGGACGGCUGGUGGAGGCAGAGACCGCCACAAACAGUAAUGGCAGUCAAAAGCUCCAAGGAAAUGCUAACAGUGCUGCAUACAAUAAGAUGGUAGAGGACAUAAAGCGCCUUCAUGAGGAGAAAGUCAGCCUUACAAAGCAGCUGGAGUUAGUCCAGUCAGAGAUGGAGAAUCAUUCAUGCAUGAAUGGAGUCAGUGACGACUCCAAUCAAGAAAUCAUCACAAGACUAGAAAAAGAAAAGAAGGAAUUACAAGAGGAACUCAACAAAUACAACAAAAACAGUGUGCAGCCCUCAGACACAGGUCCCUGCCACACAGACACAGAGAAACAGGUGGAGAAGCUGCUGUCCCACAACAAGGAACUAGACGAGGAAGUACAGGAGCUGCGGCAGUCACAGGCCCGCUCCACUUCCUUGUUCGAGGAGGGCGUAAAAAAACAAAAGGACCUAGAAGAAGAACUGAAGAUAUACAGAGAAAAGCUGACAAAGCUUCAGGAAAGCCUACAGAAGAAAACGGAGGAACAGAAGGAGGGCGAACUAAAACACCGAGAUCAAGUCAGCAAACUACAGGAGGAGCACCGUGUGACCUCACGGAGAAUGAGGGACCUGAUGGUGGAGGUGACGCACCUACAGGCCAGGGAACCCGAGGUUGUCACCAAAAUCAAGGUACAGGAAGUGCAGGUGGAGUCGCAGGAGACACUGGACAGCCUGAGGGUGUGUGAGAGGGAGAGGGAGGAGUACCGCGCCCAGCUGGAGGACAGUCAGUCCCAGCAUUACCAGCUCUCAGCCCUUCUGGAGCAGGAACAAGGGCUCAAUGAGCAGCUCUCAGACCAGGUCAACAAACAGAAAGAAAGGCUGAUAAGCUUGGCACAGGAAACUGCAGAAAAACUGGAAGAAGCUGAGAGAGCGAAAGAGGCAGCCAUUCAGAACACAAAAAAGCAAAUGGAGAGAAACCUCAAGCAUCUGGAGGCUCGAUAUAAACAACUAUGUGAGCAAGCUUCCUUAGUCCUACCAGCCUAUCAGGAGCUGUUUAAGUCCUACACACAGCUGCAGGCUCAAUGUAGGCAGUUCCCACAGGCCUUACAGACAGCCAUUACUGGUAUCAAUAACCAGAUAUGUCAGGCCAUCAGGAAUAUAGGUGACUAUAAUAAGGAUCUGGUGAGGCGUUACCACAAAGAAAUGCAGCUUAGAAAGAAAUACCACAAUGAACUGGUUGAACUGAAAGGCAACAUCAGAGUAUUUUGUCGAGUUCGGCCCAAGAUUAAAGAGGAUGGCGGUGGCGUGAUGGGGAAUAUCGUGGUGGAUUACGACAGAGACGAUAAUGGUCUGAUCUACGUGAACAACAAGGGGAGAUCACAGACGUUUGAAAUGGACCUGGUGUUCACACCAGAAAGCACACAGCAACAGGUGUUUGAUGAGGUCCAGUCCCUGGUGACGUCCUGCGUGGAUGGCUUCAAUGUCUGUAUUUUUGCGUAUGGACAGACUGGCUCAGGAAAGACGUUCACGAUGGAGGGUAACAAGGAUAACCCAGGCAUCAACCAGCGAGCCCUGGCCAUGCUGUUUAAGGAGACAGAGGACCGAGGCCAGGACUGGACCUACACCAUCACCGUCAGUGUAAUGGAGAUCUACAACGAAAUGAUCAGGGAUCUACUGAGUGGAGACCCCUCAUACAAAAUGGAGGUGAAGAUGAAAUCAGACGGAGGUUUACAUGUGCCAGGCUUGUGUUCAGAAGAAGUCAAAUCUGUGGAGGACGUUAACCAGGUAUUUGCUCUGGGUCAGAAGAAUCGAGCCACGGCUACAACCAACAUGAAUGAACAUUCCUCACGGUCCCACGCUCUGCUGACGGUGCAGGUGCUUGGUGUCAACAAGACAACAAACGUCCGAACUAUGGGGAAACUUAACCUAGUGGACUUGGCAGGGUCUGAGCGAGUCAGUAAGUCUGGUGCAGAUGGAACUCGACUCAAGGAGGCCCAGAACAUCAACAAGUCGCUGUCCUGUUUAGGGGACGUAAUCCAUGCGCUGAGGAGUAAACAGAGCCAUGUUCCCUAUAGGAACUCCAAACUCACCUACCUACUGCAGGACUCGCUAGGUGGUGACAGCAAAACCUUGAUGAUUGUGCAGAUUGCUCCAGUGGAGAAAAACCUGGGAGAAUCUGUGUGCAGUUUGAAUUUUGCGCAACGUGUUCGAACCGUUGAACUGGGUCAGGCAAGCAGACAAGUGGUUCAAACAGGAGAUGAGACAAAUGGAGUCUCACCAAGCACCCCCAACAAGGCCCCCUCUACCCCCACCCGGUCUGUGAGUAUGAACACCCCCACCGGACGACAGCACACCCCCAUCAUCAUGAACAGGACCCCUGGCAGUUCUAACAAAGGCUCAUCUCUCCGCUACCCAAGGAGACCUGACAAAUAGCCACUGCUGAUCAAGUUAUAAUUGUGAUUGGAGACUCUGUUAAAGGGGCAUAACUCUGUAUGCUAACUAGUAAAUAUGUUGUGCAGUGUUCUACAUAACUUUCAUACAGCAUAUAGUGGUUAUGUCCCUUUCAGCGUACAUGAUCUCAUCAAAUUCCUGCAAUUUUAUACCUCGGUGAAAUUUUUUUUAGUGCUGGCAAUAUCAUUCCUGUUUUUAAUGAUGAAUGUAUAUGGGUAUUUUUACAUUUCUUUUUUCCUCUUUGAUAGUUAUUUUUUUCAUAAUCCACCAGUAAGAUCUAAGAUUUGUUUUUACAGAAGUGGGUGCUUUAGUUUGAUAAUGAGAUAGAAUUGUGUUCUUUUGAUAAGGUUCAAGUAUCCCACUGCUAAAUGAUGUAUGAACUACAUUAUGGGAGUACAAAGGAAUAAGACUUAAAGAGCAAGGUGGUGUUACUCUAGUAUGUAUUUUUGUGAUUGUUGAAGAUGAUACAAUUACAAUGUAGUGAUCACUUUUCUUACUUGUAGAUUGUUUAUGGAUUGUACUAUUGUCAAAGAUUCGGGUUUUUAAACAACAUUUUAAAACCAAUCUUUGCUCUUUUCUUUUUAUUUAAAUUCAUAAAGGAGUGUGCAAUAAAUUCCUAAUUACUUUUGAUCGUAACAACGUUCUGGUCAUAGAUAUGCAAAGUCUGAGGGGGAAAAAAAUGGAUGUAUCAAUUUUAUUUUGUCAAUGAUGAAAUUAACUUCUUGUUUUUAAAUUCAUACGUGCAUUUAUUUUUUGGAUUUCAAUUUUCUACCUAAUUUCAAAGAGAAUUUCAGUGUACAAUGUAAAUACAAUGUAUGAAAGUACAUGUAUACUGGUGCAUGUAAGGAGAAAGCAAAAUGACUUUUGCAAAAACAUCAAUGACAUGAUGAAUUUGCAAACUAGCAAUAAUAAAACCUGUAUUAACUGGGUUUUUUUCCAAAUUUCUAUAACAAUUUAUUUUUAAGUAUCCUGUUUCCUUAACUUGUUUAGUGUAAAAAUAGGUUCAUUAUUUUAUCAAUUCUAUCAAAGCCAGAGUAAAGCGUUUUAGUUUAGAGCAUAUCAUUUGAGUAGGCUUCCUUACUGGUUUGAAUUGCAAUCCAAAUUAUGCUUAGAUUCAUAAAAGUUUUACUUUCAUAAAUGUAAAAUGAUUUGAAUUGUAAAUGAUGUGUUUUUCUAGUCCUGUAAUCAUUUUAUUUUGUUUUGACAUUUUUCUUGUGAUUGAAAAGUGCCUUGAUGGUAGAUUAGUAAUGUAAAACUGAUAUUGCUUGUAUCGUAUCAGUAUGGUACAAAAAUUAUAUCAUAAAUCAGUGAUAUAUAUACAAAUAUAUCACCCGUUGUGAUAUCUGAAGUGAUACAUUUAAUUUGUGUGAUAUUUUUUCAUUUAAACCAUGAAAUCUUGUUAAAGAAAUUAAUUGCAUGCCUUGGAUACUGCUUCAAUACUAAAUUUUGUAUUUAAUUGUAAUGUGGAUAUUGUGUAGCCUUAAUACACUACCUGUAGAACCAAUUGAAUGCAUUUGAUUCUUGUGUUCCUUACCAUCUACAAUUGUGCUUGUCCCAUAAUUAAUUUUCACUAUGAACUGUUGUCAUAAAAGAUAGCACCUUUGCAAAAUGAAAGCUAUUGAAGACAAUGACUGUGGACUGAAGAUUCAUGAUUUAAUUAAUGCAUCUUAUAGUCUGUGCAAUGUGCCAAAGAUUUGCAGAAUUCAUAAACUUCUGUCAAUACUCAUUUCUUUACUGUUAAAACUAUCUUUGGUUGUUUAUUGUCCUUUCAUCAUUUACAUGUAAUGGCACACUAGAUGCCAAAGUAGGGGUUGACUGCAGUUGUUCAUAUAAAACUUAAUAAUAAAAUUCUUGUACAGGGCUUUCAUUUCAUUGAGUUCUGGUGGAUCUGUACUUUAAAUUGUUCUCUAAGGUGUAUGAGCAGGGAAAGCAUAUUGUUGGACCUGCAUAUUUCAAAUAACUUACGAUAUUGAACCUCUGUAAAUUUCAAAUUAUGAAAUUCCUUUGAUGAUUUUUUUUAGUUGCAAAUGAUUCAUUUUGGAUCAGAUUGUUUUGUGCAUGUGAAGACAUCUUUAUGUUCAUCUGCAGAGCGAAGGAAUUUUUUGCUCUACAUCUUUCUUUAUAAUCACUUCUGUUUCGUUUAUAAUAUAUCUCCUUAAACAUAUGGAGGUGAUUAAAUAAAUUUUUCAAAAAAAA